ACGACGUACAGGGCCACGUCUUAAUUUCAGAGUCCACCAUACCGCGGUGUCCUUAUUUCACUUCUUGCCACUUCUUUCUUUAUUUUCUCUGAUAAUUUGGCGGGAGUAGACGGUAUCGAGCAUGUCUGUUAUGCUCACCAAGUUCGAGUCUAAAAGCAACCGCGUCAAAGGGCUUGCAUUUCAUCCUACGCAACCUCUUCUAGCGGCAGCGCUUCAUAAUGGGAGUGUACAGCUCUGGAAUUACAGAAUGGGAGUGUUGGUGGACAGAUUCGAGGAGCAUGAAGGCUCCCGAGCGCUGCUGGUAACAGGAGGAGACGACUACAAAAUCAAAGUCUGGGACAUACGUCCACAAAACAGGCGAUGUCUUUUCACUCUCCAUGGUCAUCUUGACUAUGUCCGAACAGUUCAGUUCCAUCACGAAAUGCCCUGGAUUAUCUCGACUUCUGAUGACCAAACGAUACGCAUAUGGAACAGUACAUCUCGCAACUGCAUCGCCGUCCUCACCGGUCAUUCUCAUUAUGUGAUGUCCGCGUUCUUUCAUCCCAAAGAUGACCUUGUCGUUUCCGCGUCCAUGGACCAGACAGUGCGCGUCUGGGACAUUUCUGGCCUGAGGAAGGGCUCUCCGAACACUGGGCCCGGUGGCUUCGAAACAUUCGACACCUUUUCCACGGUCAAAUACGUUCUCGAAGGCCACGACCGCGGUGUCAACUACGCCGUUUUCCAUCCCACCUUACCUUUAAUCCUGUCAGCUGCCGACGACCGUACCAUCAAAAUAUGGAGAAUGAGCGAGACCAAGGCAUGGGAGGUUGAUUCAUGUCGCGGGCACUUCAACAACGUCUCGAGCGCUUUAUUCCAUCCGAAAUACGAACUCAUCGUCUCAUGCGGUGAAGAUAAGACCGUGCGUGUGUGGGACUUGGCUAAGAGGACGGCGAUACAGACCUUCAGACGGGAACAUGAUCGAUUCUGGGUUCUCGCUUCUCACCCGAACUUGAAUCUAUUUGCAGCCGGACACGAUAGCGGUCUCAUCGUCUUCAAACUAGAACGCGAGCGACCCUGCAUUUGCUGUGAAUGCGUGCGGAAGUUCGGCAGCCCCUACGUCCCUCCGAGAACCUUGAGCUUUAAUCCUUCAGAGAAGGCCGUCAUAACGACAAUCUCAUCGGACAAUGGAAUAUUCGAGCUUACCACGCUACCUCAACAGUCGCAGGCCGAGGUUAAAGACUCCAGUGUGGAUGGCAAGAGGGGUUCUGGGCAAAGCGCCAUCUUUGUCGCUCGCAAUAGAUUUGCAGUGUUAAACAAGGCGUCACAGAUCAUUGAAGUCCGGGAUUUGUCGAACACCGUUGUGAAAACUGUCAAACCACCGGUACAAACGAACGAGAUCUUCUAUGGAGGAACCUCUAGUAUCAUCCUCAGUUCUACAUCAUCCGUUGUCCUAUUCGACCUCCAACAACAGAAGACUAUAGCUGAGAUCAACAGUCCUCCCGUCAAAUAUGUGUCCUGGAGUGCAGACAAUUCAAUGGUUGCUCUAAUGAGCAAGCAUACAAUUACCAUCGCCAACCGGAACUUUACACAGAGUAGUCUCAUCCACGAGACUAUUCGUAUCAAGUCUGGUGCUUGGGAUGACUCUGGGGUCUUCAUCUACUCCACACUCAACCACGUCAAGUACUGUCUAUAUCAGGGUGACCACGGCGUUAUAUGCACUCUGGAUAACCCUGUAUAUCUCACUCGCGUUAAGGGAAAGACUGUGCAUUGUCUCGACCGUUCAGCUCGUCCUCGCACCAUUACGUUCGAUCCUACGGAGUACCGAUUCAAGCUUGCCCUGCUGAGAAACAACUACGAAGAGAUGUUGUACAUCAUCAAGACCUCAACUUUGAUAGGGCAGAGCAUUAUCGGAUAUUUGCAACAAAAAGGUUUCCCUGAGAUCGCACUUCAUUUCGUGCAGGAUACGAACACUCGAUUUGAGUUGGCCAUUGAAUGCGGAAAUCUGGAGGUGGCAAUGGAAACCGCUAGGACUAUUGAUCGACCUGAAUGUUGGGAACGUCUGGCGCAACAAGCUUUAAAGCAGGGUAAUCACAAGAUUGUCGAGAAAGCGUAUCAGCAAACGAAAAACUUUGACAAAUUGUCUUUCUUGUAUCUGGCCACAGGAAGAGGGGAUCCCAUGUCGCGAUUCCAUAAUGCACUGUAUGCGGGAGACGUUUCUGGAAGGAUAGCUGUUCUUCGGGACGUUGGAAUGCAUCCACUAGCCUACCUCACGGCUAAAACCAACGGCCUGGAGGAACUCGCAGAAGAAAUCCUUGAGGCGGCUGGACUGACAACUGAUGACGUAGAUGAUGUACCUACGUUUGGGCCUUCGACUUUGAAACCUCCACCUGUUGUGACGCAGACAACCGACCUCGUCUGGCCCGUCGUUUCUGCUGGUGAAAACUUCUUCGACCGUGCCCUGGCUAGUGGAAGUCUGGAAGGGAUCGAGUCCUCGUACACCAAUGGAGAUGCCGCUGCCGGUGGCUCUUCAGCUUUGGAUGCUUGGGCCCAGGAAGAAGCAGACGCAGACCUUGGUCCGGAGGAGGGCGGGUGGGAGCUCGAUGCAGAUGCUGAGGAGGAAGAGCCUUCAGCAGACGUUAAUGGUGUCGAGGUUCCUGAAGAUGAGGAUCUCGGGGCUGGUGCCAACCCGGGAGUCGAUGAGACUGAACUGUGGGUACGAAACUCGCCCUUGGCUGCUGACCAUGUUGCGGCCGGAUCAUUUGAGACUGCUAUGCAGUUGCUCAACCGUCAACUUGGUAUUGUCAAUUUUGCCCAGCUCAAGCCACUAUUCCUCUCUAUCUACCGUUCAUCUCAUACGUACCUUUCACCGGUUGCGUCAUUACCGCCUUUACAGCUGCACAUCCGACGGAACCCCACGGAGACAUCACCUGGUCGUGUAUUACCUGUUGCCGUCCUUUCCUUGAAAUCUGUGCACACGGAACUCUCUGAGGGCUACCGAUUUGUGUCUGGGAACAAGCUUGCGGAAGCUCGGACUGCUUUCCGUUCCGUCCUUCAGUCACUUCUAUUGAUUGCCCUCACUUCUGAUAACGAGGCUAAACUUUGGAGAGAGACCGUGACGGCUACUCGUGAAUACCUCCUUGCUGUUUCCAUCGAGCUCGAGCGACGUCGCAUCGCAGAAGAAGAACCGGGCAAUCUGCGGAGGAACCUAGAAUUAGCAGCCUAUUUCACGCAAUGUCAGCUCCAACCUCCCCAUCUGCAAAUUGCGUUGCGGAGUGCCAUUGGAGUGUUCUCCAAGGCCAACAACCAGGCCGCCGCGGCCCGGUUUGCGAAGCGCUUGUUAGAACUCAAGCCUGACCCCAAGAUUGUUGCGCAGGCUCGACAACGUAUUGCUGCCGCGGACCGGAAUCCUCGAAAUGCGGUCGAGAUUACCUAUGACGAGUUCACACCGUUCGAGAUUUGUGCUGCGACGUACACGCCCAUAUAUAAGGGAUCACCGUCGGUUCGGUGCCCGUACACAGACGCAGCGUACCUACCGCAGUUUAAGGGUAAACUGGACCCUCUUACGCAACUUACGGAGAUUGGGGCGGCUGCUUCUGGGUUGCCUGCUCCUUGGUAAACAUUCGGCUCAAAGGGUGGAUGGAUCGCGUUUAUUUGUUUGUCGAUACAGAAAUUAAUUUUUUUAUUUUGGCCAUUGG